CAAACAAAUCCAAUUUAAAAAUAUAAUCCCGCAUGAAGAACUUAUAUCAAACCGCUCGAAGAUUUUUAAAUUGUAUCUGUAGUUCUAACACUAACUUUCACAUUAUUUUAUCCAUUUUAUUCAUUUUAACCAGUUUAACCAGUUUAGCCAGUUUAACCAGAUUAUACAAUUUAUCCAGAUUAUCCAGUUUAUCCAUUUUAGCCAGUUUAAUUAGAUUAUCCAGAUUAUUAAACAAACACAUUUUAUCCUUUUAAUAAGGUAGUAGUAUAUCCAUAAAGAGGAUCAUUUUAGGCUAUAAUAAGAGGCUAAGCAUUUGCUAUAGGAGCAGGAGUAUAAAAAUAAUCAACAGUAUUAUCUUUAUUAACCUAAGUAUAAGCGACUCUUCCAUCUUAAAGGAUUCUCAUUAAAUCAUUAGCCGAAAUAAUAUCAGUUAUUUUAGUUUCUUGAAGUAUUUUAGAACCAUCAUUUGAAUUAAUUAGCAUUAUAUAGCAAUCAUCUUUAUCUGAAGUUUAAUCAUUAUUAAAAGUAGUUUUAUUACCACCUGUACUUACUAAACUAAAUAAAAUAAGGAUAUUUUUUCCAUAAUUAACACUUUUAAUAACAUUUGCUCUUUUUCCUAAAUCUCCCGUUAAUAAUUAAACUUUAUUAACUUUAUUCAUUUCAAUUCCUUUAUCAGUAAUUAUAGGUUCUAUCAAUUAUAAAGAUAAUUCAUUUAUAGGAUUAUAUAAUUUAUUUAAGCUAGUAGAAACAGUUUCUUAUUCUUUCCUUUAGAAAAGUAUCCAUUUUUAAUUAAUACCAAAUUUUUUAGUUAUUCCUCCAAAUCUACCUCCUGCUUUUCCAGUUCCGUUAGAAGGAAUUCCAUUAUCAUUUACUAAGUCUUUAUUGUCAGAA